AGUAGUAGGACGCAUUAUUUUGUGAAAAUUCUAAAACUUUUACGAAAGUAAUUAUUGCAACAUAAUUUUCGAUACAUACCGAGUUCAAUCUUAAGAAAAGCAAGCCAACAGUAUGAAGGGCGUAGCGGUUCUGCUGUGCCUGGUGGCGGGCGCCUGCGCCGUCUCCUUGCUAGACCUCGUCCGAGAGGAGUGGAAUGCUUUCAAGAUGGAGCACAGCAAGCAGUACGACAGCGAAGUCGAGGACAAGUUCCGCAUGAAGAUCUACGUGGAGAAUAAGCACCGCAUCGCCAAGCACAACCAGCGCUUCGAGCAGCGCCUCGUCUCCUACAAGCUGAAGCCCAACAAGUACGCGGACAUGCUGCACCACGAGUUCGUGCACACCAUGAACGGAUUCAACAAGACCGCCAAGCACGGCGGACGCAACAAGAACGUGCACGGCAAGGGUCACGAGGGUCGCGCCGCCACCUUCAUCGCGCCGGCGCACGUCUCGUACCCCGACCACGUGGACUGGCGCAAGAAGGGCGCAGUCACCGACGUCAAGGACCAGGGCAAGUGCGGCUCCUGCUGGGCCUUCAGUACCACUGGCGCGCUCGAGGGCCAGCACUUCCGUAAGACCGGGUACCUGGUGUCACUCUCCGAGCAGAACCUCAUCGACUGCUCGGCCGCGUACGGGAACAACGGCUGCAACGGCGGCCUCAUGGACAACGCCUUCAAGUACAUCAAGGACAAUGGCGGUAUCGACACUGAGAAGUCGUACCCCUAUGAGGCAGUUGACGACAAGUGCAGGUACAACCCCAAGGAAUCUGGCGCUGAUGACGUCGGCUUCGUAGACAUUCCACAGGGUGAUGAGGAAAAGCUUAUGCAGGCCGUCGCCACCGUAGGACCCAUCUCUGUCGCCAUCGACGCUUCUCAGGAGACCUUCCAGUUCUACUCCAAGGGAGUCUACUACGACGAGAACUGCUCGUCUACCGACCUGGACCACGGCGUGAUGGUGGUGGGCUACGGCACGGAGGAGGACGGCGGCGACUACUGGCUGGUGAAGAACUCGUGGGGCCGCUCGUGGGGCGAGCUCGGCUACAUCAAGAUGGCGCGCAACAAGAACAACCACUGCGGCAUCGCGUCCAGCGCCUCCUACCCCCUCGUGUAGGCUCUGCGCUCUACCACCAUUGUACUCCACGAACACAUUCCCCAAUCUCCAAACUAGCACCUUGCAGUCCGACUGAUGUAAUUACUGAAACGUGUGUUCAAUGUAACUUGCGACUAAUUUAACAGAGAUGUGGACAAUGGCAAGUCAGUCGCCGGACCAACAUUCCACGAAGUGCUAGUGUCUAGAUUAAGUGUAAAUUUAUGAAUAAAAUAUAAAUAUAUUAUUUUAAGUUUAAGUAAAGCAACACUUGUGAUAUUACAGUUAUCAUCUCGCGUCACUAUAGCGUUGUUAGCUGAUUAUGAAUACAAUAUUUUAUAA